AUGAUCAAUAGAAGUGUUGUGCCAGAUAUCGUCAGUUACAAUUCAUUAAUUUAUGGAUUAUGCAACAUGGGUCUUUGGAAUCGAGCACUUGCUCUGUUUGAAAUAAUGAAUGAGAAAGGCAUAAAUCCUGAUGUUGUCACUUUUACUUAA